AUGGAUAAACAGAGCAUAGUUGAAUUACAAACAUUAGUUUCUAAACAGAAGGAACAGUUGACUAGAUAUGAAAAUCGACUAAGGGAUCUUCUAACAGCAUACAAAGGUCUUUUCAAAGAAAAGGAGGCUUUAGAAAUAACAUUAGCAACAUUUAGUAAGAAUGUCAAUGAGACAAAAUCAAGUGAUGUUUUAAAAAAGACUGAUAAUACCAAAGCAACUGAGGGUGAAGAGCAUUCCGUAUGCAAUAAUAAAAUUAAACAGCUUGAAAUUCAAUUAGCCACAGGUUUGAAUUCGUUAGCUACUCUAUCUGCUGAAAAAUCCCGCAUGGAAGCUUCAUUUCAAGCUGAUAAAAACAAUUAA